AGUCUAAUGUCGACCAAUCAGUUGUCUCUUUGCCAAAACAUGUUUUUCGUGGCCUGACUUUUGUGUAGCGCAGUUGUGGCGUAGUGAAAAAAUAUUUCCGCCUCAGAGCUUGGAAGAAGCGAGGGUGUAACUAGUGUUAGCCGUGAAAAUGCGUCCUCUAGCCACUGAAAGCGUAAGUAAUCUUUGCAUGCUGGCGUACUGUAAUGGUGGAUUUUUACUGUCGCGUAAUUUUAAGUUAAAAGUACUGCCGUAAAAAAUUUUAGGCGCGUACUUUUAGGAAACAGGGACCGACCUAUGAAAGACAGCGCGAAACAAGGGACAACUUCAACAUAUCCUUGCUACAUUUGAUAUUAUGGUCGCCGCUCUUCAAUUUAAACAUUCGGCGAUAGGGGAAUCUUUCGGAUUUAAAGACUGUAUCGGAGUGGUUAGACGAUUUGUACUCGUGUUAACUUUUUAGCCCACGUACAUAGUGUACAUGAGAGUUUCGCUGAGUGCAGUAUGAAGAAUUUCGUUUUCAUUCUACUGUCAGCAGGUGAUUUCAUAAAUUCAAUCAAAUUGCAUGAGUCUGAAAAUUUUUUAGGAUAGAUUAGAUAUACUGUAUUUCACGUGACUUGCUAGCCGGGAUACGGUGAAAGCUUUGUGGGUGGGUUGGGGGAGUGUCACAGAUAGGCCAAUCAGCAUGUAAACAGAGGCAAGCUUUUAAAAUAAUAACAAUGCACAGUUGUCAUUUCCAAACAUCUUGCAUCAUUAAUUGAGUUCUUUGCCUGGAAGCAAGAAUUCAGAUUAUGGAAUAUUUGCUUUUUCAGCUAAAAUAUUGUGAGAAGUAAAGGCUGGGGCUAGAGAUGCAAUGGACGGAUCAAAACAACCUUUCCUUUCUCUCACACCUUACAAUUUUUUUUAUUUGUGGUCACCCCAGGGAAAACUCACAAAAAAUUGCAAAUUUCAUGUGGUAACACUCUGGUGAGAAAUAAAAUAUAUGACUUUUUCUUUGCAAAAGUGAUAUCAAAGUUUUAAAAAGCCGAAACCGAAUAUAUAUAAGAACACAAAUAAUUAUUGUUAUUGUGCAUAUUUUCUUUCCAUAUUAUUCAUGUCACAACAGAACAUAUGGUGUUUCUUAAAUGAACAUUUCAUUAAGUUUGAGCAACAUUUAUUUUUUAAAAAAAGCAAUGUACAGCAUUUAUUGAAAUCAAGCUAGUCUCUUUCCUCUUAUUAUUUAAAACAUAUGUCCUGUGUAUUGUAUUCUUAUUAUUUGCUUUUUCUUCUCCACUUCAGGUUGUUAUUUUAGAUCCAUCACAGAUACACAGGCCUGAAGAGAAUUACAAGGAAUAUAAUGACUUCAUUGUAUCCAGAACAGAUAAAUCUGACAAUGAUUUUAGGAAUUUCAAUGUUAAUCUUCAGACUGAUGUAGUUUACAAUACUUAUGCUCUAAUGCAUAAGAAUCAGACUCUGGACUUCGUCAAGAGGAAGGUUUGUUUUGAAAUAACAAGGAUAUACUUAUUUAGUCACUCUGCAUACAUGUGUUAACAGAAUCCUUACUGACUGAGAUUUGCAUGGUGUAAUUGCACGGUCUUUGUUAUUGCCUCAACAUUGCUGGUGCAUCUUUAACCUGUGAGAUUUCCCCCCCAAUAUCUGUCAUGUAUCACCACCAUUUGUCCAUUCUUUCUUUUUACGAUCUUGUGUAUUAACCUUAAAAGGUAUUUAUUGUAAAUUUUUUUCUUAAGAUUUCACUUUUGAUUUUUCAUGUCCUGCAAUCUGUUUUUGGUGCACACGAAAUCCCCCGAAUUGAAAUAUGUCACUAGCAAAAGCAAAUUUUUCUGUUAGUCAAAUAUCUCCUAAUAUUUGUAAGUGGAAAUUGGUGGGACAUCUUGAUUGUUUUGGAGGCAAUAGAAGAACAAAAGAUACCAGAAAGAUGAAGUUAUGCAGUGUUAAACCUUUAAGUCCCAAUGGUGACCAACAUCAAUUUUUUCCUAACAAUAUCCAUACAUUGUCAAGAGAUGUAGUUGUGAGAAUUAAUGAAAUGAUCACCAAAGAGAAAAUGCCUUGAUCAUUUAUCAAAUUCUCUCAACUUAUUCUGAAAGGAAAUGUAUGGAGAUCAGUUUGGAGAAUUUGUAUGUGGAUAUUUGGGCUUAAAGGGUUAAAACGUAUUGUGUGACUUUAUUCAGUUACAGCAUUUCUCAUAACUUUCCUGCAUUAAUACAUUGUAAUGUGAGGUCUGAAGCAAAGCUUAAAAAAUCUUCAAUUGAUAGUCAAAUUAAACAGGGUGCCCAAAAAGGCAAGCAUCUAAGAAAUCAAAGGUGCAAUUUUUGUCCCCACCGAAAUCCACCGAAUAAAGGGUAAUUUGCGUAUAAGUGUAAGUGAAGCAAAAUAGAUACGUAUCGCCGCGGUUUUAAACACACUAUUUCCUCGAAGUUUUCUUCUCUUUGAAAGUGUAAAUUCAUGUGAAAGAAUUCAGCGUUCACAAAAUUAACUUAAGAUGAAACAAAGCAAAUCGAAAAGUCAUAAGAAAGCCAGGAUAGUACAGUUUGAUGGAAAGUAACAGGGAUUUAUAUUGGGAAGGCCAAAUAGACAAAUGUGCCAAUGGCUCCUGACUUUGAAAAGUUACGGGCCAUUUCGUCUCAGUAUGGGCCAUUGAAGUCGUGGAGUGGGCCGGAUAAAAAGGAAUACGGAAAUGAUAAGUGCAAUUCGUUUUAGUGUUUACUGUAUUUUGUGUAUUUUCAAUGUGCUUUAAGUACAGAGUAUUUUUGCAGUUUUUAAUACUUAUGAUAUUUUGCAACUGAGGGUUAUGGUUUUUUUGGCCAUGUUUGAGGUGAAUCUUAAGAAACAUGGCGUCUGUUUCAAACACUAGUCACAGCCACAAGGUUAGCCACUUUGACUAGAAUUUCCUGUGUCUUCGUUACAAGCAUGCCUGGAGAGUGUGGAGGGUGCAUAUUUGUUUUGCCAGAUGGACCUUCAAAUUCGUCAGUUGCAUCAUUGUUGUUGUUGUUGCUGUUGGCUGACUUAGCGUUCAAAUUCAUGCUAAAUGAAAACUUGAAAGUUUUCUUUGGCCUUAAAAAUCUAAUUUAGGAACUAUUUCUUCGGAGGCAUUACCUCACUAAUUCAAAUGCAAAUGAACUCAUUUCGGUCAGAAAGACGAAAACGAUGAAGAGAGAAGUUUGACGGAACCUUGUUUGCGAGCUAAGUGCGAGUAGAGGUCUGGGGGCGAAAAGAAACGAUCCUGAAAGAUCAUCUGUCAGAGUAGCCUGUGUAGCAAGCAUUACAAUCGAGUUAUUGGGCGAAAUUUAUAAAGAACUCUUGUGGAAAAACUUGCUACGCAGGCUACUAUCGAAGAAGCAAAGGGCACACAGGUUGAUUUUUCAGUUUUUUAUUUUGGUAACACAAAUUUAAUAGACAGAUUGAAGUGCUUAUCACCUUAUUAUGUGACCAGGGUGCAUACUGGACUUGGUUAACAGUUUUAUAAUGCGAGUCACAUUUCUAAAUUUAUGUGCCAUAUGUACAUGGCACACGGCCUUCUCAAUUCCUGAAACUGUUUGACUUCCAGUCUGUUUUUCUGGCAUUCUAAACAUUCUACUUAAUUAAAUUGUUAAAAUAUUUUACGAAGUUAAAAUAAUUUACAAGUUGAGCGAUUGCAUUUCCUAAUAUGAUAUAGAGUAGCACGAAAGCUUCGAAUUAUUGAUUUGCUUAAGUUCACCCAUUUGCCCCUGAACCGCCCGUAACCGCCCGUGCGGAUCCACGUCCUUUCUACCCUUUGUGACGUCAUCAGUUUUAACAUUCAAGGACAACUUUCUUCGGUAACUUGUGUAGAGUGAAGAGAUCUUUCAAACCAUACCAGAAUGACAUGACAUUGACCCGAAAAUCUCCAUGGAAAUCUUGUUCCAUUGCUCACCUACCUUUGCUUUCACCUAAUCCUAAGAUCCUAAAAGCUUUCCUAAAAACUCUUCCCACCAAAAUGAAGCCUACUAAAUGCCCAGCAAGAGAAAAAAAAAAUGAGGCAAGAAAAGCGAAAAAAGAAGGGAGGAGAGAAAGCGAAAAGUAAAAGUCAAGACUUGAAUCGAAAUUUUGCUUUCUGCGCAUUCCCGAACUUCGCAAGCUGAUAUUUUGCAUCUGGAUCAGAAGGCCGCGAAGUGUAUGACCUGUAAACCGGUUUGUGGUAAGUUUUAGCUCUUUAUAGCACGACAGUGACCAGAAAACCACUCGACUAGCUUCAAAACGCGUUUUUCGGCAAAAUCUCCAGGAGCGAAUGGGUUAAAUUACCCUUGUAUUUUGGAAACAAUAUGCUAACACUUCAGUUUAGAGUCAAAGGACGCGACAUGCAUCGGCAUCCUUUGUGAGCGUGCAAAUAGUCAUGGGACCUGCAAUUUUAUGGGGGGGCAAAUAUAUAGGUGGAAUUGUGUAAUGUCAAAAUUCAAAAUUAAGAGGAUGGAUCAACACUAGCUGUUUGUUUUAGAUAAUAACUCUGAUAUAAUAUUAUUUUGUUGAUUAAAGGAAAUAAAGGGAGAUGUGUGUGACUGCGAGAUGCGGUUCGCAAGUCCAACCCACAAAAAUGGCCCUUGCUCGCCAACGAGUCCUCAGUAGCUCAGAGGUCAGAGCAUCUAGAACACGGAGGGUCGUGGGUUCGAAUCCCAUCUGGGGCUCAGAUUUUUUCUGUGUCCUCUGAUGGUUGAUUCUUUACAUCUCCCUUUAUUUCCUUUAUAAUAUUAAUAUCAGUGGCAUAGGUUGAUUUUGUUGAUUACAUUGUUAAAGGCAGAAAAAUGGUGCCGGCUAAACAAGCAUAAAAUGACAAUUCUGGAAGCUGUCCAUCUGUUGGAUGCAUUGAUUGAUGAGAGUGACCCAGACACUGACUUGCCAAACUCAGUUCAUGCCUUCCAAACAGCUGAACGUAUUCGUGCUGACCAUCCAGAUGAGGAUUGGUUUCACUUAACAGGCCUCAUUCAUGACUUGGGUAAAGUCAUGGCAUUAUGGGGAGAGCCACAGUAUUGUGUUGUUGGAGAUACGUUCCCUGUUGGCUGCAGAUUUUCUCAAGAGAUAGUCUUUCCAGAGACCUUCAAAGCCAAUCCAGAUACCCAGGUGCCAGAGUAUAGGUAUGUAUGUGAUACACGAGAGAUCAAUACUUUUUAUACUCUUGUUAUAUUAAUGGUAAGUAAUAAUAAUAAUAGUAAUAAUAGUAAUAAUAGUGAUAAUAAUGAUAAUAAUGAUAAUAAUGAUAGCCUUCAAAAAAGAGCUGUAAUCAGUUCUUUGCUCCUGGUGGCCAGGAACAUUUUGUCAGGAGGGAUGUCUGCACCUCAUGCGCAUCAACAACAACAGCAAUUUCAAACUACUGAUGUAAAUCAAUGUUUACAUAAUAAAUCCAGUAGUCAUGGGGUUCCAAAUGUAAAUUUGUUCGAUUUUAUAUUUCUCCUGGUUGAUUACGGUAAAGUUUUGUGUUCUCUGGCGAACAAUCUCCAGCAAAACUAAAAUGCUCCUGCUAAGAAAGAAUACAGUCCUCAAAAAUCAUUGGACUGUUUUGCAGUAGAUUUAUCACAUUUACAUUUGAUCUAUGUGACCAGUUUUCUUUUGUCUGUGAUUUGUAAACAAAUGCUAAAACAAUCUAACUACUCUGUCAACCAAACAGAGCUCCUGACAAGAUUCUGAUGAUUUACAUUUACAUCAUUUCUGUUGCUGUGGCGCAGAUGUCGCUCCUGGUGAAAGUCCCUAGUGGGGAGGAGCAAGGAGAGACAUCUGUUUUUUCAGGCUAUGAUGAUAAUAAUAAUAAUAAUAAUAAUAACAAUAAUAUCGUUAUAAUAAUGGUAAAAUAUAUCAGUAAUAAUUCACCUAAAUAGAGAAGUAUCAAUAAACUGCCAUAUAUGGGCUAAACAGGUAUGCGUCCCUGUGAUGGGUAUGAUUUUCACGCAGUUUAGUCUGGGAUUGGAUGUAGUAAUCAUAGAGUGUUAUUCUAGAAUAGGAGUUUCCAGGAAAUUUAAGUUUAAUCGCAAUUUUAGUCUACACUGUAGCUUAGGGUAGAAAAGUUCAGCUGACCUAGGAUGGACUAAUGAUUCCUGGGUCCUAGUAGCAGAUCUUCUCCCACCCUGUGCCGAUCGAUGGCCACGAUCUUCAUUCAAAUAGAUAAGGAAGAAGAAAGCUUAGGAAGUUAGUAAAUAAGUCAAGUGUCAAACAAAUCUGACGGUUUUUAAAGCUUGCCCCUCUUACAUUUUUCAUAAAUAGAUGUAAGCUCUCUUUUCUCGUUUAAACUCCAAGCAGCCCAUAUUUAAAGACAGCUUUUUUUGUCACGAGUGAUUUUUCUACACUAGCUGUGAGAAAAUAAAAAACCAAGAAAAUGGUGAUUCAGUUACAGCAGAUUUUCUAAGUUAUGUUUCUGCUCUUAUGAGGUAGUAGAAUGUAGUUGAAAUGCAGCUAAACCAGAGGCAUUGCUGGCCAUCUUGUCUUUCAUCUAAAAUUAAUGGGGUCACUCAAAUGGCUUUGCAGAUUUGCAGCUCUUCUCUGUUGAGGUUGACAGGGCACACUUUAUGUUGCUUGUGCUCGUGAAGUGUUCUACCCCUACCCCGCUCACCUGCCCGUCCUCCCUUAGUAAGUAUAUGGUAAGUAUACUUAGGUUCCAAUCCGCUGGUUAGCAGUUUGUAAGGUUGAGGGUGGAUGUCACUUACAGGGCUGUCAUGGUUAUGUACUGCACUUGGCUACAGUUAUUUUUUCUGUCAGGCUCUUAAGCACCCACCCCCACCCUCCCCCACCAUCUUUGCUGGUCAGUUUAGUGGCUUUUAUAAAGCUGGAGACACUCUUGCUCAUCAUUGAAGAAAAAUGACUAUAGAAUAAGUUAAUGGAACAAGUGAUGAGACAUAUCUGUGACAACCCUGCCUUUGCCUUUAAUUUUAAAACGUGAUUGCUGAAAAUAUUUCAGAAACAUAUGUAUAACUUAUCUGUUUUCAGUAUUUCUAUUUAAUUUAACAUACAACCUUCUGUUGACUAAACUUACAAAUUACAGGCUUUGAAAAAUUAUCUUUCAGCUAUCAAUGUUGUUCUUCUCUUUUUCAAAUUGUGUAUCUAAAAUAAAGCAGGUUUAUCUUUCUUUUGCAGUUCAAAAUAUGGCAUCUAUAAACCAAACUGUGGCCUUGAGAAUGUGAAAAUGUCUUGGGGACAUGAUGGUAGGUAUUUCUUAUCUGAGUACAACUUUACCUUCAUUCACUACUCAAUUUUAAUUGAGGUGAAAACAUUGGAUAUAAUUAUAGAGGAUAUUACAUGUAUAGCCACGCGGGAGAUGCAGAAUUUCUCUUCGAGUGGUGAAAAAUAUUUCACCAGUGAGCAUAGCGAAUUUAUGAGUGAUAUAUUUUUCACUCAUGUAUGUUGAAUAGAAGCAAAUUCUCCCAGGGAAACGCAAUUUUGACAGACUUGCCAAAAUGCAAAGUCACUAAUGUUGCCAGCGCAUGAAUGAAAUAUUGAAUGCUGACUGCAAAGAGAAGUUAGUAUGAGAUGAUGUCUCAAGAGGUGUUGCACCAUCAAGUCUUUUUUUCUAUAUUAAUUAAUAAGUGCAAGUUCAUUGUGAGUGUAUUUACAGAUGUACAUGCGAGUUUUAUAGCAGUAAUAUUCUAUUUUUGGAACUCAAAUGCAAACAACAACAACAACAACAAUCUUUAUUGUGCUCUUGAUACAAAAAGUGUUAAGACAUUAAAAGGAAAUAAUAAUUGUGAAAAAAAAAAGAGUACCCAGCCACUCAGCAAAAGCAAGAGCUAAUCGCGCUGAGUGGCUAGGCCAUGCGAAAAAAGUAACACAACGAAAAGAGGCAAAAAUUAAGAGAUUUCAACGCAAAAUCAAAAAUGCGUCCAUCUUGCUUGCUGACCGCUGACUGCUGACCACAAAGGCUAGGGUCACUAAUCUUAACUAACCUUAGCAUUUACGUUUGCAAUUUGUUUGAUUUUUUUAAAAAAUUGUUUUUAAUGUGUUAUGCUUACAAAAGUGUUUUUUAUUUUGCAGAAUACAUGUACCAUGUCCUUACUGGAAACAACUGUAAGCUUCCCAAAGAGGUAAAACACUAUGUUUUAACCAAAGACAGCAUUAAUUUCGAAUCCUUGAUUUUCUGAUGUUUGUCUUAAUACAUUGACACAUUCCACAUCUAAACCUUGAAGUAUGUUAGUGCCUCAUUCAUGGGUUAAUAGUUGCAAUGUGGUGCCAUUUUGCUUAUUAGAGUACUAUUUUGCUCUGUGCUGCACUGCAUUGAUUUGUAGAGCAUAGGUCCUUUGUCUUAAGUGUGUGACAUAAAAAAGAAAAAAUUAAUUAAGCUAGCAAUAAUUGCCCAGUGACACACACGGUCAUGGUUCACAUGGGCCUUGAAAAUUCCUUGAAAAAGCAUCAUGUCCUUGAAAAGUCCUUGAAAAUUGGAAAUUAUUUUGUAGGAUAUCUUUAAAAAGUCCUUGAAUUUUCCCCAGCAGUCCUUGAAUAUUUUUGAAAGCUCCUUGAAUGAAAAUAGCCUUCAUCAAAAAAAAGUAUUUUGUGCAAAGGAAAGACUUGAAAGCACAGCAAUAUGUAAAAUGUUAAUUUUCUUAGUGAUCAUGAAAUUCUGUUCACAUUUUUGUUUUGGUAUUCCCGCCAUAAUUUAUUUGUCAUUUUUUGAAAUACCCUAAUGUAGGAACCAUGCCUUCCUGGGGAAGGUAUUGCAAUCAUUGCAAUACGUGAACCUCCCUCCACCUACGCAUUCGGAAGUACGGAAAUUUCAAUAUGUUUUGAAUUGGAAUGAUGAUGGUAAUGCAUUCAAAAAGGCAGAAGGGUCAGUGUCUGUGCAUUAAGAAGCGGGAACUUACGGAGAUUGAGGAAAUGAAAAAGAAAAAGGCAAGAGUAGAUUCUGAUAUAUGAUUGAAACACCAGAUGAACUUUGCUUGAAAGCAGAAGCCACAGACAAAAUAACUUUUGUCACACUAGCCAAUUCACCUAGAAAAACUGACUGCCACUUAGAAAAUGCAAGAAUUAGCUAACUAGGAUGCAAACAUUAAUGCCAGCUUGCAAAAGUUCAAACAAUAGUCUAGUCAGAUUGUGAUUGUAUUAGACACAAUCUGAACAUUUUCCAAAGGUUUGUAAUUUUAUUUCAUGUCAUUCUAUGUUAAAUUACGGGGAAAAGAAGUCCUGAAAAAAUGAUUUUGGUCCUUGAAAAGUCCUUGAUUUUUUCCUCAAAAAUUCUGUGUGAACCAUGACAUUACAGUUAGUCUGCUUGUGUUCCAUUUUACCUGACUGCACUACUCAGUAUCAUUGGGAAGCUUUAUAAGCAACAACGAUGGUGACGGUAACGAAAACGUUACUGAAACAGUAAAUGUGUGCUGCUUCAGACUUUAUCUUGCUCAUUCCAUCUUGUUCAAUUCAUCAAAUGUUGGCUAUUUUUUCUGGAGUUUAAUUUUAAAACAUUAUAUCAAAGUUUAAUGAAAGAAAAAGAAAGGUGGUGUCUUGUGUUCAAAUCCUGGAGGCAAAAAAUGUGAACUUAGGCAUCGUCACGUCGUAGUCAUGCAAUGAUGGCCAAUCUGAUAAUGGCUUUGGAAACCUUGAGUUAUAAUGUGCUCUUCCACUAAUGAAUGCUAGAAAACGUUUGUCUCUUGUUUUCUCCUGACCCAACUGAUUUUUCCAGGGUCUUCUCUGAGGAUCGUUAUCUAUGUUUACCUUAAUUCUUAAUCCUUUUUGGUCAAAUUUGUACAUGUAUUUUUCAUAUUAAUAUUGAAAAGCAACUAACAUUCUAUUUAUUUUUAUGUACUACCUGCUGUAGGCGUUGUAUAUGAUCAGGUUUCAUUCAUUUUACCCCUGGCACUGCAGUGGAGACUAUGAUUAUCUGUGCAAUGAUGAAGAUAAAGAAAUGCUAAAAUGGGUUAAAGAAUUCAAGUACGUAUUGCCUUAAAAGUGAUAGGCCACUUGUUAAUAUAUCAUAAAUGUAUGUUAUUUUAAUAAUACUGACUGUUUCGGAUUGCUUUUUCUCUGCAUGUAUACAUGAGUCAACUUCUUAACAGCUCUUAUAGGAGUCCAGUCAUUUGUAUACAAAUACAACAGGGUAUAAGCCAAGUUUACUUACUUUGUUCUUUGUAUUCAGGAGCCUGUAUCUCAUUUUUUUGAGAAUUAAUCUUUAAGGAUCCCUAAUACCACAGAGAAUGCUAAGUUCUAGUGCAAGCUUCCUCAUACGCUCUACACUGAAUUCCAUUGUGUCUUUCUUACAAAUUAAAAAAUAAGACUUAAACAGUCAUUGUGAUGAACUACAAAUACACUGAUAGCCUGACUGUUAAAUGAUCAAUGGAAAAGACUUUAAGGCAAAACUGAUUAUUCUAUUUACAAUAAGCAUGGCUGAGGAGUUGAUUGGGCUCUGGAGGAAGGAGAAUGAGUCCAGUUACUGGUAAAUUAGGAUAUGAAUUUAGCUAGGGGGCUGUGGAUUGCAAUUCCAGCAUACUACAGUUGGGGGGAGGGGAUGGUCCUCAAAUCUGAAUUUUAAGUGAAAUGUUCUAUUCUGGGAUUUUUGAAGGUAGGAAAAUUUGUGUACAGUUGAACCUCUCUACAACAGCCACCUUGAGGACAGAAGAAAGUGGCCGUUGUAGAGAGGUUUGAAACAAGAGUCAGUGUAUGGAUUUUUUUGUCCCCCGGGACAAAAAAAGUGGCCUUUGUUUACAGGUGGCUGUUAGCAGAGGUUCGACUGUACAAUAUAUUUGAAGUGCCCACAUAUUCCAGCAUGUACACUUAAAUAACAUGCGAAUGAAGUACAACCAAACUUGUUUUGCUUUCUGGAAAGUUUUAAGGCUCGGAAAUUUGGCAUUUAAUUUAUUUAAAUUUUUUUUUGGGGGUGGGUAGGAGAGGAGAGUUAGUUAUUGGUUCAGUGUUUUUUGAUUCUCUUUGGAAGCCCUAGGCAUAUUUUUGGGUUUUGAGUUUUGUCCCCAUUCAAUCAUCACCAUCACUUGAAAUCCAGAGUGCCCCCUCCCCCAUAGCACAGCCUGGCGUACAGUGACUAUGGUGUUUGAAAUAUCUCAGCCUUGUGUUGUGGAGCUAGAUUGUUGGUAGUGUCAUAAAUCAUUGAUAAAUAACCCAUUAUUUUGUAGUAAGUAUGACCUGUAUUCCAAGUCUGAUGCAGUACCUGAUGUCAAAGCUUUGACUCCUUAUUAUGAAGAACUGAUUGCCAAGUAUUGUCCUGGAGAACUGUGCUGGUGAAAUAAAGGAUAUGAUUAGAAAUAAUUCAUUUGCCUUUUGGUGGUUUAGUCGUAGUAUUUUAAAUGAGUAAUAUAGCAUUGUAAUUUUAUGUGAGGGCUCAAUUGUUCAAAGUCCAAUAAGCCCUAACCAAGGGUAAAAUUUCAAUCUCGAUUUUUUUUCUUUAAUUGUUCACAGUACAAGCCUUUUCUCACAUAAUUUCCUCUAUUCUUUUCAAGCAUCAAUCACCAAAUUGUAGACAAAAUAAAUUAACUUGAGUUUGCGUUUUAGUUUUUUAUAUUCAAAUUCAAAUUUCACACUAACCCUGGGUCUUAACCCAGCUUUGAACAAUCUGGCCCAGGUCAUGAAGCAGAUAUUUGACAAAUUGUUAGGGUUGGAAUAAUCAUGAGAAAGUUUGAAAGUAUGCAAUUUCACUUAUUAGUGAAGUGCAAAACCUUUCUUGUGAAAAUAAGUUAUAUUUGCAUGAGUAUGAAAAAUCAUUUUCAGGUCAAAGGCUUAGCAGAUAACCUCGUUUUGAUACAGAGGCCCAAGGGAACUUGGAAAUGGCCUAUUAAGCUUAAUCUUGCUAAAUAAAUGUAUGCUGUAGAAAAGAUAGAUUAUGCUUAAAUUUCGUGAAAAUAUUCAUUGGUACUUAGAGAGCUUUAAUGUGACCAUACUGGCAAAUUUAAACUGUAUAUAUUUCUAGGCCAUUUUCAGCUGCAAAGGUCGGUAUAACUGUGCCUCGUGAAAGCAAAACUGGCCAGCCUGGGCCAGUGGCGUGCUGGUAAAAGGCUCCCCUGUAACGUUAUUUGUAGCAUGGUUUUUUGAAGAUGAUUUAAGCCUAGAGAACUGAUUGUCAUAAUGUAGAGAUUCAGUUAGGUCUAACUUUGUUUAACUUAUUCAAACUUUUAUGAUUCUGCAGAGGGAGAUGACUCUUGUAUUAUUAGGGACCUUAAGAUUUGAGGAUAGCGACGGCCGGCAAAACUUUGCUUAAAAAGUGAAUUCGCGGUUUUUCAGUGUUCAAUGUGAUUAUUGCUGCGAAGCCACCAUCUUGCUUACUUUGUUGAAUGUAUGCCAUCUCUCCUGAAUUUGACUUCCUAAGAACCUUAUUCAAGAUAAGAAGAGAAAGAAAAUUCUGUCCUUACUUGUUUAUGUCCUCUAUAAAACAUGAAAUUAGACAUUUUCACGUCAUUGUCGUGGAAAAAUGGCAAAGAAAUGUACCAAAAAGGUGUGAAGCACUUGCAAAGUUGUUGUUUUUCUUAUUAAACUUAUUGCUUUAUUUAUGUUCUCGUUCCUGUUGCUGUUGUCUGAUCUUAGGGUCCCUAUUCUUUUUUGUACUAAUAUUUGAUUAGAUCCUCCUAGCCUUACUGUACAGUUAAUUACGUCUCCUAAGAGGAGUGUAGAUAGGUAUAUACAUAAGUCUAUAUAUAU